AUGCUGCUGUCGGCGGGUGGCUCGGUGCUCGGCUGCAUCUUCCUGGUGCUUUCCAUGGUGAACGUCAUUCAGAUUCGGCUGGGCAUGCUCUCCUGCGGCAGUCGAGCGGCAGUACGGGCGGUUACUACACUUGUCACCCUCGUGUCGUCGGCGCUUAUUCUCUACAUCUCCACAGUUCUCUACUCCUUCAAGCAGUGA